AAACAGGCAGAACUGUUGGGUUGUCCAACAGACACAACAGGAUCCAUGUUGAUCUGUCUGAAAUCGAAACCAGUCGAAAGUUUCACUGAAACCAUGUCACGAUUUUUCGAGUGGUAUGGCGAUCCAAUUUUGGUAUGGUCAGCUGUCGUGGAACCAGAAGUACAGGGUGUUGAAAGAUUCUUAACUGCUCAACCUAUCGAUUUGAUCAGAGAAGGGAAAAUCCACGAAGUUCCUCUCAUCAUUGGUAUCACCGAGGGCGAAUUUGGUGGAGUUGUUACCGGCAUCGAGAGAUUAGUCAAAGAAGGAAAUACUUCCAUAUUCGAUACUCUAAAUACAAGAUGGAAUACUAUUGCGCCCAUGAGUUUUAUGUACGAAAGAGAUACACCUCGUUCGAAACAUAUUAGUCAAGAAUUGCAUCAAUUCUAUUUCGGAAAUCAACCGAUCAAUCGAGAAUCAUACGAUGGAAUAUCUCAAAUCUACGCUGAUAGCGUUAUUAUAUUCCCAGUACAUCGUGCCGCUCAACUGAUUGCUAAUAGUAGCAAACUUCCAGUUUAUUUCUACAAAUUUUCAUAUAAAGGACAUUUUAGUUUCGCCACGUGGAACGAUACCACUCCAUAUGGACCACCUGUACAUCACGAUGAUUUGCAAUAUCUAUUUUAUAUGAGUGCCAUUUUCCCUUACUUCAAUUCAUCCGACCCAGAAAUUCAAAUGGUCGAACGUUACACUGCAAUGUGGGCAAAUUUCGUACAUACCGGUGAACCCAUUCCGAACAAUGACGAGAUGUUUAACAAUGUUAAAUGGGAGAGAUUCACAAAGGAAAACGAUAAAUAUUUAAACAUCGAUUUACAUCCUACUAUGAAGCAGGGUAUCUUUCCCGAAAGAAUGGCUUUAUGGGAACGACUGUUCCCUUUGCCACCACCGUCUCACUCCAUUGAUUAUCAAAAAAGUAUAAAAUCUUGAUAAUAAUGCCAUAAUGCAAAUAACGAAUUGCACUUCACAUAUGUAUAUAUAUCGUUUCUAAAGUAGAGAGGAAUAAAACUCUACUGUUUUAAACAAUGAA